CCAGUGGCUCAAAGCAGCGCUCAGACAGCAGAAUACCAGCUCUGGCUCAACAUGGCUGCUUGAAGAGGAGCCCGGCAGGAGGAAGCCCCCCCCCCCCUCCCACUCCCAUGGGAGCCUGAGGAUGCACUAGGUACCGGAUUCCACCAUUCCACUGGAUUUCUAGCAGUUAAAACCAAGAUUUGCUAGCAAAGCAGAAGGCCGGUGGAUAUACUGCAAAGUUAAAGAUGGAGGAAUCAUUUGAGGACAAAAAGAAAAUGACCAGUCAGCAGGCCCUAUGCGUCUCUGAUGGAAAUAUUGCUGGAAAACACCGCAGCACCUGGACUCUCAAGAUGUUUAUCGUAGCGCUAUCCUUCGCCUAUUUCUGUAAGACCCUAACAGGAACCUACGUCAAGAGCUCCAUCACCCAGCUCGAGCGGCGUUUUGACCUGUCCAGUUCGCACAUUGGACUCAUAGAUGGCAGUUUUGAGAUGGGCAACCUGUUGUUUCUCGCUGUGGUCAGCUACUUUGGCGCCAAGAUGCACCGGCCUAGACUAAUCGCUGGGGGCUCGCUUCUCAUGGCAGUGGGGGCACUAUUCACCGGACUGUCACACUUUAUGAUGGGACACUACAAGUAUGAUACAGUCAUCCCGACUUCCCAGAAUGCCAGUCUGAGCACUAUUGCGUGUAUCAGUCCAGAGAAAGACGUGUCCCACUGGAAUGUAACAGAACGCAACACAACACAAGCCUGUGAAAAAGAGCCUAGUUCCAAUAUGUGGAUCUAUGUGUUCCUGGGGAAUGCACUGCGGGGGAUCGGAGAAACUCCCGUCACGCCUUUGGGCAUCUCAUACGUCGAUGACUUCGCUAAAAGUGAAAACUCUGCCUUCUACAUCGCUUGUCUCCAGACCAUUGCUCUCCUUGGACCUGUGUUUGGCUACCUCCUGGGGUCCUAUUUUGCCAAUAUAUAUGUUGACAUUGGAUAUGUUGACAUAGAAAGUGUGACUAUCUCUCCCAAUGAUGCACGCUGGGUGGGAGCAUGGUGGAUGGGCAUGCUAGUAUCUGCAGGACUGCUCUUCCUUUCCAGCCUUCCCUUCUGGUUCUUCCCUCGCUCCUUGAACUCACCAGAGGUAGAAGAGGCCAAGUCUCCAAUGGAAGAGACCCUGGGUGUCAGAGCGAAUUCAUCUAACAACAAGCCAGCUAAAAAGCUAACUGAAAUCGCCAAAGGGUUUCUUCCCUCGCUGAAGCAUCUGCUGUGCACUCCCACCUACUUCCUGCUCAUUUGUGGAAGCACUCUGAAGUUCAACUCCAUUGUUGGCAUGUACACCUUUAAUGCCAAAUACAUAGAGCAACAAUUUGGACAGUCUGCAUCCAGAGCCAACUUCCUCAUCGGAGUGCUGACGCUGCCUGCUGUUGCCUUGGGGAUCUUCCUAGGAGGCGUGGUGAUGAAAAGAUAUAAGCUAAGUGUUGUGUCAGGUGCUCAGUUCUCUUUAGCCCUGUCCUUCAUGGCGUACCUGCUCAUGCUGCUGAAGUUUGGCACCAAGUGUGACAACACACCCGUGGCCGGACUGACAACCUCAUACAAUGGGACACCGGGGGUGUUAUAUGGUGGCCAGACGCUCUUUGCAGAGUGUAACGGCAACUGCUCAUGCUCAGCAGACGACUGGGACCCGGUGUGCUCAGACAGUGGCAUCACGUACAUCUCUCCAUGCAUGGCUGGCUGCCUCAGCUAUAGUGGAUACGGCAAAAAUACGGUGUUUCACAACUGCACCUGUGUGUCCGCCUCCUACCCAGCGGGAAGCAGCACAUCAGUGAAGCUGGGGCAAUGCCCUCAAGCCAAAAGCUGCAGUCGCAGUUUCAGCUCCUACAUGGCGGUCUCGGUUCUCAGUGCCUUCAUCAGCUCCCUGGGAAUCACACCUGCUUAUAUGGUCAUUAUAAGAUGUAUUCCCCCAGAGCUUAAAUCCCUUGCCUUGGGCUUACAAACCAUGAUAAUCCGUGUUCUUGGUGGAAUUCCAGCUCCAAUUUAUUUUGGUGCAUUUAUUGAUUCAACGUGCCUGAAGUGGUCAGUGAAAAAGUGUGGAGGCCGAGGAGCAUGCCGCCUUUAUGACGCUGAUAUGUACAGGGUUGUCUUCCUGGGUCUGGUGACUGCCAUCAGCGGCGUGUCCUUUUUCUUCACAUUCGCUGUCAUAAUCCUCCUCCGAAAACAGUUCCAGAAGGACGAAGGUGCCACAAAAGAGCCAAAGGAAAUUGAGCUUCACUCCCAAUCGAGUGUGACGGAGGACGCGCUAAGUGCAAGUGCCUUUAAGGUGGUCGGGGAGGUGCCCGGGCAUCGCAUGCUAGACAAUGGCCUCACUUCUGUGAAAACCACACAGGAGGGGCACCCGUCACAUAGUGACAUUGUAACAGUGCAUGGAGAAUAUCAAAAAUACAAAGUGGCCAAAGAAGAAAAGCAACAGUGUCCAGCCAAGAAAGUGACUGUUGUGAAAAUAACUCAUUUAAAAACAACCCAUUCUCACUGAAGGCGUUGACUUUGCUUGUCUCCCGUACGCUAACAGUAUUGUGUGCCUUAUUUAUGCUUAGCACUAGUCCCUCACCUACUUGAAUUCAAAUGUAAAAUACAAUAUAUUGAAGUGUGUCUUGUUGAUAUACAGCCAUGUAAUGUACUUUUUUAUAGCAUGAAAGCAAAAGAUGCUACAGUAUGUUGUGUUGUGCUCCAAAUGUUUAUGACGUGAUAAUUCAUCAGUUACAGCAAUGUUAUUUAAUACCACCACAAGAAUCAGCACUCUAUUGUUGGUUUUGCACUGUAAUCCAAGUCUGCACUAAACAGUCAGGUACUAAUAUUAAAUAUUAUACAAUGAUAUGCAUAUUUUUAUGUAGAUCUUCUGUGUAUCUUUUCCAUACUGUCGAUAUCAGAUUGUGAUGCUAUUAUUAAUGAAAUCUUCUCGCUUAAAACGA